UUUUUUUUCCUUUUGAGCAGCAGCAAUGGCGGCGUCCUGUACGUGGAAACCGUGUGAGGAAACAGGAGUGGAAAAAGCUGUUAUUGUGAAGUUUUCCAAUGGACAGGUAGAAAACGCUGAUCAGCUGAACUUCAGGCUUUUCAAACACUGCGAUGAGGUCAACCCGAGAAAGAAAAGCAGGCGCAUCGUGGCUGCAGAAUCGGACCGGCUGUCUUAUGUUGGGAGCAACUUCGGCCCAGGCUCGCUCCAGUGCAACAACAUGUGCAGUUAUUUCAUUGGUGUCUUGGACAAAACCACCAUGCAGAUGAAGGUGCAAAGCGCUCAGCUUUUUAACCUGCAGCCGGUCAUACCAGGAGAAACAGCAGCACAUGCUGAGGAAAAUUCAACUAAAACAUACAGAGAGAAGUUGGACGCUCUCAUCGAGGCAUUCGGUACGACGAAACAGAAGCGUGCUCUGAGCUCUAGACGGAUGAACGAGGUCGGAAAUGACACUUUGCAGAAAGCAGUGGCUCGCGCCGCCGGCAACAUCAUAGACCAAAAAGGACUUGAAGCAUUACAGCAGGAAGUGGCAGAUUCACAGGCUCUGACUGAAUCCACCGUCUUCCUCCCACCCUGUAACAAGGACGCAGCUAAACGGGAGGACGUUUACCCAUUUGAUGACCUGUUGUCUCCAGCCGAGUUUGACUCGCUCAAGCACCUGGGUGAGAAAAUGGCGGAACUGACUCCUGAAGACCAGCUGACCAAAGACGGCUUCUUUCCCCAGACUGUGAAAGAGAUUUUGACGUGCCUCCCUAAAGAGGGGGAAGAGCGAGACAGACAAGCACGCUGUGCCUGGUAUCUCUCUUUCCUCAUCAGACUUGCACAAGUGAAAAAACUAGACCGCAAGCUGGGUGAAAAUGAAUGUCCACAAGUCAUCUUCAGGAGAGUCCAGAAGAACUUUACAGUGGAGAGUUUCGACAAAGGAAGACUGAAGAACACAGUGACCGCCUCUACAGUCAUUAAGAUCGCGUCCCACUGUCUUGCUUUGCUGCUUCAUAUUGAGGACCAGAAAGUAGACCUUACGCUCUUGCACAGAGACCUGUCCAUCAGCGAGUCCAAGAUGCUGGAGGUGGCAAAGGCCAUGGGACUCACACUUUCUCGCCAAUCAAUCCACAGUUUGGAGGACGACCAUAGGAUGGCCUCACUGGUGCUCCCACUCGUACGCUACGAGCGGCGCAUGGAGAGCCGAAAGCGUAAGAAAAUGAAAUAAGAGCAAUGAAUGAAUUGUGCAUUCUGUCUGUACAGCUCCAAUUCGGAUGUUAUUAAAAGGAUCCCAGUGAAGCAGUUUUGCAGUUCAUAAUAAACACUGUUUGUCCGUUUA